AUGAAAUACGUCGUUGUCUCAGGUGGUGUUAUCUCUGGUAUCGGUAAGGGGGUUUUAGCAUCCUCUACUGGUAUGCUAUUGAAGACUCAAGGUUUGAAGGUUACCUCCAUCAAGAUCGAUCCAUACAUGAAUAUCGAUGCCGGUACCAUGUCACCUCUAGAACAUGGUGAAUGUUUUGUCCUUGAUGAUGGUGGGGAAACCGAUUUGGAUUUAGGUAACUAUGAACGUUAUUUAAACGUUACCUUAACAAAGGACCAUAAUAUUACUACCGGGAAGAUCUACUCUCAUGUCAUUGCCAGAGAGAGAAAGGGUGAUUAUUUGGGGAAAACAGUUCAAAUUGUCCCUCAUUUGACUAAUGCCAUUCAAGAAUGGAUUGAACGUGUCUCUCGUAUCCCAGUAGAUGAUACUGGUAUGGAACCUGACGUUUGUAUUAUCGAAUUAGGUGGUACUGUCGGGGAUAUUGAAAGUGCUCCAUUCGUGGAAGCUUUGAGACAAUUCCAAUUUAGAGUCGGUAAGGAGAAUUUCUCUUUGAUUCAUGUUUCUUUAGUGCCAGUUAUUCAUGGUGAACAAAAAACUAAACCUACUCAAGCUGCAAUUAAGGAUUUAAGAUCAUUAGGUUUAAUUCCAGAUAUGAUUGCUUGUAGAUGUUCUGAACAAUUAGAACAAUCAGUCAUUGACAAGAUUGCUAUGUUUUGUCAUGUUGGUCCUGAACAAGUGGUUAACGUCCAUGAUGUUAACUCUACAUACCAUGUUCCAUUAUUAUUAUUGGAACAAAAAAUGAUAGACUAUCUACACAACAGAUUGAAGUUGGGUGACAUUCCAUUAACUUCUGAAGAUAAACAAAGAGGUGAGCAACUAUUAAUCAAAUGGAAGUCCAUGACUGGUAAUUUCGAUACCUCUUUGGAAACAGUGAAGAUUGCUCUAGUGGGUAAAUACACUCACUUGAAGGAUUCUUAUCUAUCAGUUAUUAAAUCGUUGGAACAUUCUUCCAUGAAAUGUCGUCGUAAGUUGGAUAUUAGAUGGGUAGAAGCUACUGAUUUGGAACCAGAAACUCAAGAAACUGAUAAAGUCAAAUUUCAAGAAGCAUGGGAUAAAGUUACCACGUCUGAUGGUGUCUUGGUCCCAGGUGGGUUUGGUGUUAGAGGUACUGAAGGUAUGAUGUUGGCUGCUAGAUGGGCACGUGAAAACCAUAUUCCAUUCUUAGGUGUUUGUUUAGGUUUACAAAUUGCUGUCAUUGAAUUUGCUCGUGAUGUCUUGGGAUUGAAAGAGGCAAACUCUACUGAAUUCUUGCCUGAUUUAGCUCCAGAAAAUCAACUUGUUGUUUAUAUGCCUGAAAUUGAUAAGGAACAUAUGGGUGGUACGAUGAGACUAGGUUUAAGACCAACUUAUUUCCAAGAUGACACUGAAUGGUCCCAAAUUAAACAAUUAUAUGGUAACCAACCAUCAGUGGAAGAAAGACAUCGUCAUCGUUAUGAAAUUAACCCAGACCUUGUUGACCAAUUGGAAAGCAACGGGUUGAUCUUUGUUGGUAAGGAUGAGACUAAUAAACGUUGUGAAAUCUUCGAAUUGAAGAACCAUCCAUACUUUGUAGCUACCCAAUAUCAUCCAGAAUACACCUCCAAGGUCUUGGAUCCAUCUAAGCCAUUCUUAGGUUUAGUGGCUGCAUCUGCUGGUAUUCUAAACGAAGUUUUAGAAGGUGAAUUGGAAUUCAAGAGUUCCGAUGGUAAAUCAGAUUUCUGA